AUGUCAAAUUUUGAGCAGUUUCACUCUGACUUUUACCAGUCCAAUUAUACCAUAGAUGACCAGGAGGAAGCUUACAACAGUUAUGGGUCUAAAGAAAACCUCUGUGGAAGCGGAAAGAGCCAGAUGGGAGAGCAAUAUCCAGCCACUGCUUUUGUCCCAUCAGAAAUGCUUCUGACUUCCCAGCGUUACACGGGGCAGAUUUUGCAGCCAAUGUACAAUCCUGACACUCUCUCUCAUCUUGGUUACACUGAUGGAUUUGAUGAGGAACCGCCUUUGCUAGAAGAACUUGGGAUCAAUUUUGAGCAUAUAUGGCAAAAAACAUUAACAGUUCUAAAUCCAAUGAAGCCUGCAGAUGGCAGCAUUAUGAAUGAGACAGACCUCACCGGACCUAUGGUUUUCUGUUUGGCCCUUGGAGCAACACUGCUGCUGGCAGGAAAAGUUCAUUUUGGCUAUGUGUAUGGCAUGAGUGCCAUUGGGUGCCUUGGUAUGCAUGCCCUACUGAAUCUGAUGAGUGUCCAAGGAGUCUCACACGGCUGCGUUGCAAGUGUCUUGGGCUAUUGCCUGCUUCCCAUGCUGAUCCUGUCCUCUUCUGCAGUUGUCUUCCCGCUACAGGGUAUCUUGGGAACUUUGUUAGCUCUGUUUAUUAUUGGAUGGUGCAGCUUGUCAGCCUCCAAAAUUUUUACUUCUGCUUUGGCUAUGGAAGGACAACAGCUUCUUAUUGCAUACCCGUGUGCUUUACUUUAUGGACUUUUUGCACUUCUAACAGUUUUCUGA